AUGGAGAUGGAAUUCAUGUUGGAGGCCCAGGCAAGGAAGAGGGCAGAUGGCGAAAAGAAGCAGAAAGAAGGGUGCGAGGUGCAAACCCAAACCGACUGCGAAUUACAAGCCGAGUACUUUCUCCUUUAGGUCAAGUUCAGGAGAGAAAAUUGCAUGUUACGCACCUGAAAACACUUAGCAGUCGACGGAUAGUGAACUUGAAAUUGAACCUGACAAAAGUCAGGAGGAAGAACCUGCGUCGUCAGCUGAGGUGAAGGCUUCUUAAUCUCACCCCAAUGAUCAGGAAAAUGCCCGGGAUGACUGGCCCAGUGGGAGUACGAUUCGUGGAGAAAGUAUAUCCAUGCCUUUUGGAUGAUCCGUUUAUGGAAGGAGUUGGGUUCUGUCAAUUCAAUCAAAGUAUCCUGAGGGGGAUUUUGUGUGGCUGGUGCUCAGAGGGAGAGGGCGUUUCGAGACUCGGGAUAAAAGCAGUGUCUUUCCACUGGUCCUGCUUUACUCUCGAGAGCAGAGUGCCGCUGAAAGGAGUGAUAACUGGGGUGGGGUUGAGUGUUAAGUUGGAUCGAUGGAAGUUGGGGAUCCCCGUUGUCUGUGAUGCGUGCCAUUUGGUGCGACGCAGACGUUUCGGUGGAAAAAAAAUUGUGUUUAAAUUUUGGGGGUGGCAAUAUUGCUGGGGAUCAGAAAUGUCCUGUGCAAGUGAGACAGAUUGAAGUUUCCAGGGUGAGAGCAGUGCAGAAUGUGUCAUAUGCUGAUACAGUGAGGAAAGUAGAGGUUAGUGGGCAAAGGGUGAGGGAGUGUGAGAGGAUCCCUGUGAGUAGUAGGCCAGUACAGAGUGACCUGGACAGUUUCUUGGUGUUUAUUACUAUGGUCAUUAAUUGUACCACACAGAUGGAAAGGAAAUCCCAGAAGAUUGAAUCGGUAGUAGCAGCAGCAGAGAAGUUUUUGGGUGUCAGAGAUUUUAGUGCAGAAGAACUACAGGCGGUUUAGAGAGAAGGGGGUCCAGCCUCCCAGGCCGACGGCCUGGUGUAGGAUCUGUUUGGGCCAAGGUAGUGGGAAGGGGUGUUGGGGAUAGUGGUACAUACACUGAGUGUACAAAACAUUAAGGACACCUGCUCUUUCCAUGACAGACUGACCAGGUGAAUCCAGGAGAAAGAUGUUCCUCGGGGGCCGGAGUGGUGUCACACUUUUUCCCCAUCCCUAGCAAACACAGCUGAUUAAACUAAUUACAUUCUAAACUGAAGAUCCUGAUUAUUGGAAUCCGGUGUGUUGUUUUUAUUGUAUUUUUUAUUUAACCUUUAUUUAACUAGGCAAGUCAGUUAAGAACUAAUUCUUAUUUACAAUGACGGCCUACACCGGGCCAAACCCGGACGACGCUGGGCCAAUUGUGCGCCGCCCUAUGGGAGCUGGGGCUGGGGCAAAAGUGUGACACCAAUAAGGCCCCCGAGGACUAGAGUUGCCUAUCCCUGUGUAAUAUGGUGGUGCAAUUUGUAAAUACAAUUAAUUUCCCUUUUCUUUGUGAACGAAUGUGCAAUGCACUUUCCAAACUGUGAAAGGCAGCAAUAUGCAACAUAGUGUCUAGUCUGCCGGAAAGCCACACGAAGAAGAGGCGCAGUUUAGAUACACAAUAGCAGCCCAGGGCACUUGCACAACCCACUGUGUAUUUCCGUGUUACUUCCUUGUUCUGUCUUUGGUAUUUUUCUGGAAAGAAAUGUGUAGACAGCGGUAAAAUUGUUUGAUUCGGCUACUUAUCAACGCGAGCGACACAAGUCUAAUCAUUUUUUUCUUUAGUACCCCGCCUUGCGGUUACUAAUCGGGGCAGACCCGCUGAGGAGAUCAGGAGCUGUAGGACUUCUUCGCCCCAGUACUUCUCGUCGAUGGCAGACUCCCGAGAAAGAAGGAAAACUGGCGAAGAUGAGCCUCAGGGUGCAGUCGGGGGUGAAGGUAAAUAUUAAUAUGCGCUUGGGACUUUGAAAGGACGUCACCUGAAAAAAUAAUAUCUAAAAUAUUGUCAACUAACUAACUAUAGGGUCCCGUCAGAAUCCUUAGUUGCGGUCAAAGCUAUACUUCAUGUUGUUCCCUGAUCUUUCAGCAUGUAGGCCUAGUUCUAGACUAAUUAGAGAGAUGGUGAAAACAGUCUUAGUGAGGUAGGCUAUUUCAACGACUUAAAAAUCUAGCACUAAAAAUCAAGAACUAUUUUGGCCUACACACUUUUGGAGCCUGGAAGGCCAUAUGAAUGUCCUCUGACGUCACUUCACUGUAACAAAUGUGAAAGAAAAAGUGUAAUAAGAGGUCAAAUCAACAUCUUAAAGUCGGAACUCUUGAAAGAGUCCGGAGUUGGAUGACUUGAAAUCGAUUUUUUUCAGUUGGAGCUAGUUUUUUUUCCCGAGUUCCCAGUGGUUUUGAACGCACUGAAGUUGGAAGUCAGAGAUUUCCGAGCUCCCAGUUGUUUUGAACGCGGCAUAACUCUAACCCCCAAGUAAAGUGACUUACAAAGUCUACAUCAUAAAGCAAACAUGCAGGUCCUGGGAGUGAGAAAGUCUCUGCCAAUUGAAUUGGAGCACAAUGCAUGAUAAACACAUCUAUCUAAUCACCACAAUAAACUGUCAUCAUGUCAUUAAACAUUGAUAAUAAAAACAUAAUAUCACUAACAAAAUCUUUGUAACAGACGUCAUCGACGACAGAAUUAUGGAACAAGGAGCUGUUGUUUUAAGAGGGUAAAUAAACAUAGCACUAUUACCAUUAGUAUCCAUCCUGAUUAUCACAUUAUCCAUUUUCCAAAAAUAUUUGUAUUUUUUAAUCCAUGAAGGUAUGUCAUAGAGAGGAUCAGUGCAGAGAACCCAGAGAGGCGUUUGGCUCCAGAGGACCUUGGUGGCAGACCCAACGAACUAGAGGACCGCCAGGUCAAAGACGUGGUACACCAGCUGCUGCUGAUCGCUGAUGACCUGAACAGAAAUGCUGAGCUACAACAGUAUGACCUUAUUUUCUACUGAAUUAGCAUAUUAGCUACAGUGCCUUCAGAAAGUAUUCAUACCCCUUGACUUAUUCAACAUGUUGUUUCAGCCUGAAUUCAAAAUGGGUUAAAUUGUUGUUUUUCUUAGCCAGCUACACACAAUAUCCCAUAAUGACAAACGUACAUUUUUUAUUUUUUAUGUUUGAAAAAUGAUUGAAAAUUAAAUACAGAAAUAGCUCAUUUACAUAACUAUUCAUACCCCUGAGUCAAUACUUUGUACAAUCACCUUUGGCAGCGGUUACAGCUGUGAGUCUUUCUGGGUAACUCUCAAAGCGCUUUCCACACCUGGACAUUUCCCCAUUUAUUAUUUUCAAAAUUCUUCAAGCUCUGUCAAAUUGGUUGUUGAUCAUUGCUAGACAACCAUUUUCAGGUCUUGCCAUAGAUUUUCAAGUAGAUUUAAGUCGAAACUGUAACUCGGCCACUCAGGAACAUUCACUGUCUUCUUGGUAAGCAACUCUAGUAUAGAUUUGGCCUUGUGUUUUAGGUUAUUGUCCUGCUGAAAGGUGAAUCUCCCAGUGUCUGAUGGAAAGCAGACUGAACCAGGUUUUCCUCUAGGAUUUUUGCCUGUGCUUAGCUCCAUUUCGUUUACAUUUACAUUUUAGUCAUUUAGCAGACACUCUUAUCCAGAGCGACUUACAGUUAGUGAGUGCAUACAUUAUUUUUUUAAAAAUGUUUUUAUACUGGCCCCCCAUGGGAAUUGAAACCACAACCCUGGCAUUGCAAACGCCAUGCUCUACCAACUGAGCUACAUCCCUGUCGGCCAUUCCCUCCCCUAGACGACGCUGGGCCAAUUGUGCGCCGCCCCAUGGGUCUCCCGGUCGCGGCCAGCUACGACAGAGCCUGGAUUCGAACCUGGAUCUCUAGUGGCACAGCCUUAGACCAAUGCGCCACUCGGGAGACCGACUGUUUUAUCCUGACAAACUCCCCAGUCCUUAAUGAUUACAAGCAUACCCAUAACAUGAUGCAGAGAGUGGUACUCAGUAAUGUGUUGUAUUGAAUUUGCCUUAAAAAUAACACUUUGUAUUCAGGACAAUAAGUGAAUUGCUUCGCCACAUUUUUUGCAGUAUUACUUUAGUGCCUUGUUGAAAACAGGAUGCAUGUUUUGGAAUAUUUGUAUUCUGUACAGGCUUCCUUCUUUUCACUCUGUCAAUUAGGUUAGUAUUGUGGAGUAGCUACAAUGUUGUUGAUCCAUCCUCAGUUUUCUCCUAUCACAGCCUAUAAACUCUGUAACUAUUUUAAAGUCACCUUUGGCCUCAUGGUGAAAUCCCUGAGCAGUUUCCUUCCUCUUCGGCAACUGAAUUAGGAAGGAAGCCUGUAUCUUUGUAGUGACUGGGUGUAUUGAUACACCAUCCAAAGUGUAAUUAAUAACUUCACCAUGCUCAAAGGAUAUUCAAUGUCUUGUUUAGUUUUUUACACAUCUACCCUUCUUUGCGAGGCAUUGGAAAACCUCCCUGGUCUUCGUGGUUUGAUUCUGUGUUUGAAAUUCACUGCUCAACUACGGGACCUUAUGUAACUUGUUAAGCACAUUUUUACACCUGAACUUACAGUAUUUAGGCUUCCCAUAACAAAGGGGUUGAAUACUUACGGACUCAUGACAUUUCAGCUUUUAAUUUUUAAUUAAUUAAUUAACAUUUCGAAAAAACAUAAUUCCACUUUGACGUUAUGGGGUAUUGUGUGUGUGUGUAGGCCCGUGACAAAAAAAUCUCAAUUUAAUCCAUUUUAAAUUCAGGCUGUAAUACAACAAAAUGUGGAAGUCAAGAGGUGUGAAUACCUUCUGAAGGCACUGUAUUUGGCUGGUCUAUGUUAUGGUGGUUGUUUAAUGUACUAUUAUUUUACUCAAACAAAAAGAUUGUUAAACCUGGAUGUGAACACAAAUGAGUGUAUUCCCAUAUCCUAUCGUAGUGGUCUGGCAAAUUAAGAACUUUAUUAUUUUAUAAUUGUUUCAUUUCCUUGACAACAAGAAAUAUGGAAAGAGAAACUCUCUUACUUUUCCUCAGUUUCUAAUUAUUUGUCUCUCCUUCCUCUGACAGCCUAAUAAGCAGAGUCCAGGUAAACUGUGCCCAGGACGUGUUCUUCUCAGUGGCCAGGGAAAUCUUUGCAGAUGGUAUCAACUGGGGCAGAGUGGUCUCCCUGUUUCACUUGGCCUACAAGCUUAUUUACAAGGUAACACCCGGAAUGUGCAUGUUACUGAAUAUGAAAUCAUUGAAACUUACAAAUGUAAAGUAGAAUAAAUCACCCCUCACAAUAUAUAUUUGUUAUCCCCCUUUCCAAGGCACUGACACAGAACCACUUAGAAAUCAUCAAGAAGGUUAUUAGCUGGGUAUUACAGUUCAUCAGGGAAAAUGUCUCCGCUUGGAUCCGACAGCAAGGAGGAUGGGUGAGUACCCUGCUGGAAUAUGCCAACAUGUCUACCCAUGAAGACUCCACCACCAGAUGUACAAUGAGACCAUAUUUUAUUUAAAAUACCACAAGAGCAGAGACACUGUCACAAUCAGUACAUACAUGCAGUAAAGAGAUCAAUUGAACACAGACCGUGGGGGAUAGAAGGAGGACGCCGUCAUUGGUGCCCAUUCAAAAAAGCUGAUCUAACAAAGUGGAUAUUCGUAAAAUCCGGUCAUGAUUUAUGUGUUCGAAAAGGCCCACAAUAUGGUUACUAAAAUCUGAUUUGCUGCAUUAUAUUUAGAAGAUGUCCUUUUUGUGUUUAGAAAAUAUGUCUGCUAAAUGUUAACCACUGUUCGGAUAAGCUGAUAGCAUAGCUAGCCAUAUAGAAAUCAGUGGUGGUAUUUGAAGUUGCUUUUAAGUGUAAUACAAUUGAUUGGUAAAGAUGACAUGAACAUGUAUUGCGAUUGACAUCCAUACAAGCAUUGUACAAUAUUUUUUUACCCCAACAUGGUGUCAAAUACACAUAUAAACUAUAGCUUAAAUGUAGGAUAAAUUUGAUGGCCGGUAAUGGGGAGAUUCUGGAUCUAUCCCCCAUGGCGUUUCCAUGGCCUUUCCAUUGUUUUGGUCGAACUCUCAACUGAUCUAAUCAAGAAUGCACAUCUGACAAGUAUAGACAUAAGUCACACGUCCCAUCUGACAAACAAAAAUGUAAAGGAUGCUAGUUGAUAAGUUCUUGUACAUACUACGUAUGGUGACUCUCAAGAGGAGGAAGCACUCACUCCUACUCAAAUACGACCAUGCACAUACACUACCAGUCAAAAGUUUGGACACCUACUCAUUCAAGGGUUUUUUCUUUAUUUGUACUAUUUUUUACAUUGUAUAAUAAUAGUGAAGACCUCAAAACUAUGAAAUAACACAUGGAAUCAUGUAGUAACCAAAAAAGUGUUAAACAAAUCAAAAUAUAUUUUAUAUUUGAGAUUCUUCAAAUAGCCACCCUUUGCCUUGAUGACAGCUUUGCACACUCUUGGCAUUCUCUCAACCAGCUUCACCUGGAAUGCUUUUCCAACAGUCUUGAAGGAGUUCCCACAUAUGCUGAGUGCAUUUUGGCUGCUUUUCCUUCACUCUGCGGUCCAACUCAUCCCCAACCAUGCUUUACGGUGGGAAAUACACAUGCGGAGAUCAUCCGUUCACCCACACCGCGUCUCACAAAGCCAUGGCGGUUGGAACCAAACAUCUCCAAUUUGGAUUCCAGACCAAAGGACAAAUUUCCACCAGUCUAAUGUCCAUUGCUCGUGUUUCUUGGCCCAAGCAAGUCUCUUCUUAUUAUUGGUGUCCUUUAAUAGUGGUUUCUUUGCAGCAAUUUGACCAUGAAGGCCUGAUUCACACAGUCUCCUCUGAACAGUUGAUGUUGAGAUGUGUCUGUUACUUGAACUCUGUGAAGCAUUUAUUUGGGCUGCAAUUUCUGAGGCUGGUAACUCUAAUGAACUUAUCCUCUGCAGAAGAGGUAGCUAUGGGUCUUCCAUUCCUGUGGGGGUCCUCAUGAGAGCAAGUUUCAUCAUAGCGCUUGAUGGUUUUUGCGAAAGAAAGAAAGAAAGAAAGAAACUUUCAAAGUUCUUGAAAUGACCUUCAUGUCUUAAAGUAAUGAUGGACUGUUGUUUUCUCUUUGCUUAUUUGAGCUGUUUUUGCCAUAAUAUGGACUUGGUCUUUUACCAAAUAGGGCUAUCUUCUGUAUACCCCCCCCCCCCCCUACCUUGUCACAACACAACUGAUUGGCUCAAACGCAUUAAGAAGGAAAUGCAUUCAGCAAAAGGGUGGCUAUUUGAAGAAUCUCAAAUGUAAAAAUAUAUUUUCAUUUGUUUAACACCUUUUUGGUUACUACAUGAUUCCAUAUGUGUUAUUUCAUAGUUUUGAUGUCUUCACUAUUAUUCUACAAUGUAGAAAAUAGUAAAAAUAAAGAAAACCCCUGGAAUGAGUAGGUGUGUCCAAACUUUUGACUGGUACUGUAUGGGUACUCAAGACAGCACUGUGUGCACAUGUAAUGCAGAGGCUCCGGAAGGAGGUCCUGCUUGUGGGUUUUCCGUUUUACCACACAGAUGGAGUUAUUAAAUGAAGCUGCACCAGGGAUUGGAGGGGGUGUUAGAGAGGGACUUCAAACGUCACACAGCACAUUGGGGCCAUUGGCCAAUACAGGCAGCUCUGAUGUGGGUAACACCGAGCGCAGCUACCUGUGCCAAUGUCACAGUACUGUCAGUUCAUAAAGCUAAGCUUGUUUGAUGAUGAUUAACCUUGCCUCACACCUAUAGAUCCCAGAACUAGCACUAAGGCUUUAGCUCAGCACGCUGAAUGGUAUUGAGUCCAGCCUAUGACUAUGGUUAGUAGGGACAAUGUAAUGGUUCCACUGUUGUAUGUGUGGUUGACUUUUCUUUUUGCUUGCAGGAGGCGGUUAUUAGCACCGUGUCACAUUGGCGUACUGUGUCGCUUGUGGCUGCAGUGGCUUUCGUGACGGUCAUGGUUUACUGGAGGAAAACACGCUGACAUCAUCUCAGGAAGUGCCCUUGGUGAAAUCAAAGUGCCCUUAAAAUUUGGACAGUUCUCUGGGAAGACGGGUUAUUGUGUUUUGUCCUGUGCAGUAGAUUUGACUUUGGGGCAAUGGUGACCUAGUAGUCUUGUUAUAUAUAUAUAUAUAUAUAUAUAUAUAUGAUGAAUUGAUCUGAAAAGGGACAGUUGGUGCCUUUUGGUACAGUACACCACACUGAGCAAGUAUUUAUUAGUACCAAUGUGAAACUGUAUUUUUCAAAAAUAGUUUUCUAUUGCUCAAAAAAGAACAUUGUAAGGUGUUUUAUUGAACAUUGUUUUUAUUGAAUCCUUAAUCUUCUAUUGAUU